GCGGCCCCCCUAUAUCUCUGCCCCUCUUGCGUGAAAAAACACCCCAGAUAUCUCAGAAAGGGCAAGGAAAGUUUAACCAGCAGCUGGGGAGCGAGCUAGCGAGCUGCCGUGUGUGCAGUGUGUUCUUCCUCCUCCUCCUGUCGUCGCCUAUAGCUAGCGGCUCCUUAUCAAAACCCUUUUUGUCAAAUCAUUUCGUUCUUGAAUCCGUUAUAGCUGCCUGCUGCCGUCCUCUUCAAGUAGUGCAACAAGAAACCGGAAGAAAACCGAAGAAGCUUUAUCUUUUGCGGCAGGGUAGGGUUAGGGUUUUUUCGGUUCUGAUCUUGUAGAUCAUCUGAGUAGUAUGGAAGCAGGAGGAGGUGGUGGAGGGGGAGGGGGAGAGUCGAAGAAGAAGGAGGAGAGCUUGCCGCCGGGCUUCAGGUUCCACCCAACGGACGAGGAGCUCAUCACGUACUACCUGCGGCAGAAGAUCGCCGACGGCAGCUUCACGGCGAGGGCCAUCGCCGAGGUCGACCUCAACAAGUGCGAGCCGUGGGAUCUCCCGGAGAAAGCGAAGCUGGGAGAAAAAGAGUGGUAUUUCUUCAGCCUAAGAGACCGAAAGUACCCAACAGGCGUUCGAACAAACCGUGCCACUAACGCCGGAUAUUGGAAGACAACGGGGAAAGAUAAGGAAAUCUACACCGGUCAGCUACCGGCCACGCCAGAGCUAGUAGGGAUGAAGAAAACCCUGGUGUUCUACAAGGGAAGAGCUCCUCGGGGCGAGAAGACAAACUGGGUCAUGCAUGAGUAUCGCCUGCACUCCAAAUCAGUCCCCAAAUCUAACAAGGAUGAGUGGGUGGUGUGCCGGGUGUUCGCCAAGAGCGCCGGCGCCAAGAAGUACCCGUCCAACAACGCGCACUCGCGGUCGUCGCACCACCACCACCCGUACGCGCUGGACAUGGUGCCACCGCUCCUGCCCACGCUGCUGCAGCACGACCCCUUCGCGCGCCACCACGGCCACCACCACCACCACCCGUACAUGACCCCGGCCGACCUGGCCGAGCUCGCGCGCUUCGCCCGCGGCACGCCGGGGCUGCACCCGCACAUCCAGCCGCACCCCGGGACGUCGGCGGCGGCGGCGGCGUACAUGAACCCCGCCGUGGCAGCAGCUGCGCCACCGUCGUUCACGCUCUCUGGCAGUGGGCUCAACCUGAACCUCGGCGCCUCGCCGGCCAUGCCAUCGCCGCCGCAAGCACUCCACGCGAUGUCGAUGGCGAUGGGCGGCCAGACGGGUAACCAUCAUCAGGUGAUGGCAGGUGAGCACCAGCACCAGCACCAUCAGCAGCAGAUGGCGACGGCGGCGGGGCUCGGCGGCUGCGUCAUCGUGCCCGGAGCGGACGGAGGGUUCGGCGCGGACGCGGCCGGGGGCCGGUACCAGAGCUUGGACGUGGAGCAGCUGGUGGAGAGGUACUGGCCUGCCGGCUACCAGGUCUAGUAGCUGUGUGGAUGGCUGCCCGAAGUGCCGCGAGCGACGUGACAACGUAAUGUUGGUCUAUGGAUCAUGUAGGAGGACAAGAUUUGAGGUGUCUUUAAUGUAGUCCGUUGUUGUAUCAGUACCAGUAGCUGAAAAUUAUUCUCUCUCUUUUUUUCAGUUUUUUGUUGUGCUGUAAUGUUGUCUAGGGAUUAUUAUUAGCUGUUGUCUCUUGGCUUUGUAGAAAUCGGAGCAGGAUAGGUUGAUAACAUGCAUGAGCUCAUACAGGGCUCUGUGUACUACUCGUCCGUGCGAUUGUUUCUUAUAAGACCUUGUUAGUUCAAAAAAAAUUGCAAAAUUUUUCA